AUGCCGAGACAACUCAGCCAAAAGAUUACCACCCGCCAGGGGGCAGAGCAGAUGACUGCCGAGAUCCAGGCCACACAGAUACAGGGCCAGGAACAUGAGCAGGAAGAUAGGAUUAGCGAACUUCCAGACUACAUUCUCAUGACUAUUUUAGACAGGCUUGAAAAACUACGGGAUGCUUCCGGGGAGGCCAGUUCUGAUUAUACACGUGAUGAGUUGGCACAAUCCAAUGUCUCAUUGGUUGAAGCCACAAAGAGUAUCUUGGCACAUAAGAGUCAGCACACCAUCAACUACCUGAGCAUAAAGUUCUAUGUGAGGGAUGAAUCAAUUGAUAUUGUUCGUUCCGUGGAUAACGCCAUGGCGAACCGGGAGGUUACUAGAGCAGACUUCACAAUCAUAACAGAGAGACUAGAGACAUCAUGCGUGUAUGGAAGACUUUUCAUGACAUUCUUGGAUGGUUAUACCCGGGCAUUUGGCGGUCUCACAGGCUUGUUUGACAUGCCUAAUGUGCUUUCUGCAUGUCAGAAGCUAGAACACCUUAUCCUCAACAGGUGUGACGCCGGGAUUGGAUCUGUCUUACAAAUAGAGCACCCGCAACUUUCUCAGUCGAGUAUUAUGCAUUGUGCAUGUGAUAGGAUUGAGCUCAAUCGGCUUCCAAGGCUUACUCAUUUGACCUGUAAAUCUUGGCGUCCUUCACAUGAUACAUAUCCAUUGAUCUUCGGCUAUGUUCCAAAGCUUUCGGUGCUAAUCCUUAAUUCUGUGGGUUCUAUUUACCACAGAAAUAUUAGGCUAAGUGAAUUCCUCCAUAACGUGGUCAUAGUAAAUCUGGAUUUGAAUUUUCAAUGCCGAAAGAUUUGGAUUCAACCUGAAGCGCCAAAACGAUUAUUAGCUCAUCUUUUGCGUAAUCUUAGAAUGCUUAGACUACGUUUCAUUCAUGAAGAGUGUGACCUCUCUUGGACAAUGUUUUUCUUAGAAGCUGCGUCCCUCUUGAAGAAAAUAGACAUACAGGUGUGGGACCAUGUGUGUGAUGCAAACGAAAAGGAUUUGUCCAGCGAGGAAUUUCAGAUGCAGCGAGAAAUUUUUAAAAAGGGAAGUGAUCACUUGAUGAGUUGGGAAGCACAUGAUUUCAAGCAUUAUAAUCUGAGCAAGCUUAGGAUAGAAGGUUUCCAAGUAGAAGAGAAACUCAAGAGAUAUAUAAGACAAGUUCUGAAAGCAGCAGUGAAUUUAAAACUUGUAGCACUCCGUAGAAGUCGCCUCUGCGGAAAGUGCCGUAUUUAUCCUUCAUCAAUGGCAUAUCCACCAAAUGAAGAGCAGAAGGCCCUGAUAAGGGUACAAGUUUCAGACCAGAUAUCCUCGAAUGCUAGAAUUAGAUUUUUCCCUUGA